UUUGCAGUACGUCAGUUACACGACUCUUAAAUUAUCGCGAUAACUGCGCACUCACACUUUUAAUGUACAAACUUACAGGCAGUUUCUGAAUACCGGAAUCAAGAGUGGAUAUUUUUGUCUUUCUUUUGAAAUAUUUUCCACGAAAAGUACAUUUGUAUUUGUAUUAAUGUCGGAAUCUAUUGCGAAAAGAAUUUGCCACAUUGUAAUUAUAAAUUAUUAAGUUUAAGUUACGGGUAAAUUGUUGUUGUCCCCUCAGAUAAAUUAUAUGCUGCUGAUGACCUUUGUUUAAUCUUUGUAUAAGAACAAACUGAAAAUGAAAAAGGCAAAGAAUUACAGAUGCAAACCUGUUGAACAUCAAGAACAAAUAAACAUGAAGGAAAGGGAAUACAAAAAGAAGAAGAAUGCACUGAUGGAACAUGAUGAAUACCAGCUGUCACAAAAUCUAGCAAGACCUAGCAAACAACUGCAAAUGUUGUUAAAUGUGUGUAAUGUAAGGUCUUGCUCACAAAAGAUUAUGAUUUGGCCAUGAAGCAAAACAUCUGAUGUUUGCAUAAUGCGGCUUCUCUGGAUAUCAAUUUUAUAGCAAGUCAAGCAUUAAAUAUCACUCAGAGGGCAUUUGGACACAGGCCAAAGGUGUCAUAUUUAGGAUGUUAUAAAAGGGUCGAGACAUUGUCUUUUUAUUAGAGAGGACAGUAAGUCGGAGAGCCAAUGGGAGAGUAAGUGCCAAUCACUCCACUCUUCUCAUUUUGAUUCUCUGAUGCCAUUAGUAUGGCUUUAGAAGAUAUUUGCAGUAUCAAGGACAUUUCUGUAUAUCACAAGUGGUUUUCUUCUUCGUCUUGGGAAGAUACAGUCUCGCCUUUGCAAAUGACUGACUACAGGAAAUGUGGAUUGACUGGUGGGGGCCCACUCCACUUUUUCAUCCCAACCACCCAUUCAGUGACAGUCUGCAGACCUUUCACGCUGUCUCACGGAACAACAACCCUUGGUUUUAUUUUCCAGGGUGGGGUCAUUGCUGCUGCGGACACACGUGCCAGUGCCGGGGGGCUUGUUGCAUGCCCGCAUGUCCAUAAGAUUACCCCCAUUCACUCUCACUUGGUGGUCACCUCCUCGGGCAGUGGUGCGGACUGCAUGCUGUGGGAGCGGAUUUUAACCAGAGAGAUCAGACUGUACCAACUGCGAAACAAAAGGCGCCUGUCAAUUCGUGCAACUGCGAAACUCUUAUCAUUUAUGCUGCACCCGUUUAAAGGGACUGAUGUGUGUGUGGCUCUCACACUCUGUGGCUGGGACAAAGAAGCAGGUAACACUGACUGUGCAACGACACCACAAGAUUCCUCCUUUCUAACUGGUCAUAGCGCUUCAGCAGCUGUUUGUAGCCAACACGAUACUACAAUAGGAUGUUCCGCAUCUCCUAACAAUGGCCCUCAUCUAAUAUAUGUGUGCAGUGACGGAGCGCGACUGGAAGGGGAUGUCAUUUCUGUUGGUUCAGGUUCACCAUAUGCAUAUGGUAUCCUGGAUGGAGGACUGAACUGGAACCUGAGCAGAGAAGAGGCCAUCUCCCUGGCAAGAGAAGCAGUGUUCAGAGCCACUCACAGGGAUGCAUACUCUGGAAACAAUGUGGACCUCUUCCACAUCACAGCCCAGGGAUGGAAGCAAAGAGAGAGGGAGGACUUGAGAGAUGAAUAUUAUAGAGAUAUGGAGAGAAGAGCAAAGGCAGUGGAGAGAAAAAUAGAUACACAACUGACAGUAUGUGGGCAGAAAUUGGGUUAGGAGUGAGGAUUUCAGAAAAGCAUAAAAUCACUGACCAGUUUUUUUUGCCUUCAAUUGAAAAUAAUAGAUUGAAAAAGUAUAUAAAGGGGGAAGAGAUAGCAGAGAUAGAAAGGGAUCGAGAGAAUGCUGAUGUAAGCUCCAGAUGUUUCCAUGUGCCUGUCACUGUUGAUUUGACUUGUUCAAAAAUUCAAAAAAAUAUUCAGCUGUCUGCUUGUUGUUCUAGG